AUGGCUGAGGGUAACAAGACUGUCACCCCAGCGAAGCAGGGGAAGGGUAAAGGACUGAUGACGGCCCCAGACAGUAAGCAAGAGAGACCUCCUUCCCUUCUCCGUGAUGACUCCAAGUAUGCUUUGGAGAAGCUGUCGUCCAUCAUCACGGCAGAAGACUAUGAAGAUCUGGGAAACCAUUCGACGGAGGCCAUGGGGGAGACGGGCCUCUUUGCCGUCGCUCAGUCCUUGGUCAUGAUGAAGGGUCUACUGGACCGGUGUCUCAACCGUGAGAGUACCUUGGACCGGGUGCGCGCGAAGGCGGAGCAGACGGAGGAAGAGCUCGGACAACUUCAUAAAUGGAGGUCCAAGAUGGAGAAGAAGCUGGAGCUUUCUGAGAAGGCGAGGAAGGAGCUGGAGGAGAAGACGGCCUCUGCGCUGACGGCCAUAGAGAAAAAAGAGGCGGAGAUCAAAGAACUCAAGGAAGAGAUCCGUCAUGUGAAAGAGGUAGCCGUCGAGGAGUACCGAUGCUCGGAGUCCUGUUUGGGCGAGCUGUCGGAUUCCUUCCUUCAAGGCUUCGAUGAUUCUCUCCGUCAAGUCAAGAAGGCCUAUCCAGAGCUAGAUCUGUCAAUGGUCAAACUUGAGGACCAAGCCCAGACUUCUGCCCUCCCCGUCGCCUCCGAAAAUACAGAGGACCUCUUUGGCGACGGUGCUGCUCAAGGAGACGGAGAGUCCGUCCCGUCGAAGGAAGUCCAAGUUGCUGAACAGAAGGAAGACUAA